GUUAAGAAAAUGCCGUUUAAAAAGAAAAACAAAGGAGUAGCCAAUAAAGGCGCUGGGAAGAAAAACAAGAAGGAUAUACAGGCUUUUAAGAAAGAUGUAGAAACGGAUAACCAUAAAAUAUCUGUGGAGGAACUAUUAGAUCGUUUAAAAACUGAUCGCAAUAUGGGCCUAACUUAUGCGGAGGCAAAAUCAAGAUUGGAGAUAUAUGGUCCCAAUACUCUAACGCCAACACCGCCAACUCCGAAAUGGGUAGUUUUUCUUAAGAUAAUGUUUGGUGGAUUCGCAAUACUACUCUGGACAGGAGCUUUUCUCUGCUUUGCUGGAUAUCUUAUACAAUUGCAGACGCAGCAUGAGCCACCAGAUGACAAUCUCUACCUGGGCAUCGCAUUGGCCGUUUUGGUGAUAGUCACUGGUUUAUUUACAUAUUUUCAGGUCCAUAAGUCCUCAUCUAUAAUGGAUUCAUUUAAGAACCUGGUUCCUCAACACGCUACAGUGAUACGAGAAGGGGAAAUAACCACUGUUAACUCGAGUGAAAUAGUGAAGGGAGAUAUUGUGGAAGUAAAAUUUGGCGAUCGAGUUCCAGCUGACAUUCGAAUAUUAGAAGCCCACGGCUUGAAGGUGGAUAAUUCUUCUUUGACUGGAGAAUCAGAACCGCAAGUAAGAUCGUCAGAAUUCACACAUGAAAACCCACUGGAAACAAGAAAUCUGGCCUUCUUUUCCACAAACGUACUCGAAGGCACUUGCAAAGGCGUUGUAAUUGCCACUGGGGAUAAUACGGUGAUGGGAAGAAUAGCUAAUUUGGCAGCCGGUCUUGACGAAGGGCAGUCGCCUAUUUCCCGAGAAAUAGAGCUUUUCAUUCGAUUUAUUACAAUUUUUGCAGUAAUUUUAGGACUAUCGUUCUUUGGAAUCGCCCUGAUGCUGGGAUAUGGUUUCAUUGACGCAGUAGUGUUCCUCAUCGGCAUUAUAGUUGCAAACGUGCCCGAAGGUCUACUUGUGACGGUAACUGUUUGCUUAACCCUUACGGCCAAGCGAAUGGCCUCGAAAAACUGUUUGGUCAAGAACUUGGAGGCCGUUGAGACCUUGGGGUCGACAUCAACGAUCUGUUCUGAUAAAACGGGAACCUUGACGCAAAAUCGAAUGACAGUUGCCCAUUUGUGGUAUGAUCAGACGAUAGUCGAAUCUGAUACGACGGAGACUUUUCGAGGAUCACUUUUUAAAAUGGAAGAUAAAUCGUUCAGUGCUCUUCUCCUGUGCGCUGCCCUUUGCAACUCGGCGGAAUUCAAGGGCGGCCAAGAGGAUAUACCAGUUUUCAAGAAAGAUGUCAAUGGAAAUGCUUCAGAGGCGGCACUUCUAAAAUUCGCCGAGACGGUUUUCGGAGGUGUUUCAGCAGUUCGCCAAAAGCAUCCAAAACUAACCGAAAUACCCUUUAACUCCACGGAAAAGUAUCAAGUUUCCGUUCAUGAAUAUAACUGGAUCGAUGGAUUUUUUGUUGUCGAAAUGAAAGGAGCCCCGGAAAGGAUUUUGGAUCGUUGCGAUACGAUAAUAAUUCGAGGUCAGACCGUGGAUCUUACGGCUGCACUGAAAAUGGAAUUCGAAGAGGCCUAUUUGGAAAUGGGCGGCAUGGGUGAGAGGGUUUUGGGCUUUGCAGACCUUCAACUUUCUGCGGAUCAAUAUCCACGCUCAUAUGAGUUUAGCACAGAGCCUCCGAAUUUCCCUCUCUAUGGUCUUCGCUUUCUGGGAUUGAUAUCCCUUAUAGAUCCACCUCGUGCAGCAGUUCCUGAUGCGGUGGCCAAAUGCCGUUCUGCAGGUGUUCGAGUAAUUAUGGUAACCGGUGAUCAUCCGAUUACGGCCAAAGCUAUAGCCCGCAGUGUGGGCAUUAUUACGAAGCCCACUGCCGAGGAUCUGGCCAAGCAGCGCGGCGUUCGAGUGGAGGAUAUCGAUCCUCGACAGGCCACAGCCAUUGUGGUGCACGGUGGAGAGCUGCGCGAGAUGAAAGGCGAGCAAUUGGACGGUGUUAUUUACUAUCACAACGAGAUUGUCUUUGCAAGAACUUCACCGCAGCAAAAACUCAUAAUAGUAGAGGCCUGUCAGAGACGUGGGGAAAUCGUUGCCGUCACUGGUGACGGAGUGAAUGACUCACCGGCCUUGAAACGAGCUGAUAUUGGCGUGGCAAUGGGUAUUUCCGGAUCCGAUGUUUCUAAGCAGGCUGCGGACAUGAUUUUGCUGGAUGAUAACUUCGCCUCCAUAGUUGUGGGCAUCGAGGAGGGAAGGAUUAUCUUUGAUAAUCUUAAAAAAUCCAUCGCCUAUACCUUGACUUCGAAUCUUCCGGAAAUAAUGCCGUUCCUGUGCUUUGUUAUGUUCGAUAUACCAUUAGCUCUGGGCACAAUCGCUAUUCUGUGCAUCGAUAUCGGCACCGAUAUGCUGCCCGCCAUAUCACUGGCCUAUGAAAAAGCGGAAUCGGAUAUAAUGUCUCGCAUGCCGAGGGAUCCCUUUGAAGACCGUCUGGUAAAUAAAAAGCUAAUUCUGAUGGCUUACUUGCAAAUUGGAGUAAUACAAACCGUGGCUGCGUAUUUUACAUUUUUUGCUAUAAUGGCUGAACAUGGCUUCCCCCCAUCCAGACUUAUUGGAAUUCGAGGAGCAUGGGACGCGAAAGAGGUUGAAGAUCUGGAAGAUGGUUACGGACAAGAGUGGACCUACAGAGAACGUAAGGUUCUUGAGUAUACGGCUGGCACCGGCUUCUUUGUGUCCAUUGUAGUAACACAAGUCUUCGAUCUUUUAAUAUGUAAAACGCGUCGAAACUCAAUUUUGCAGCAGGGUAUGGGCAAUCAUGUACUGAACUUCGCGUUGAUUUUGGAAAUCAUCAUUACUUGCGUGCUCUGCUAUGUGCCGGUGUUUGAGAAAACUUUAAGGAUGUAUUCCAUAAAAUUUAUCUGGUGGAUAUACGCAUUCCCUUUUGGCUUACUAAUCUUUUUCUUUGAUGAGGGUCGUAAAUUCCUCAUCAGAAGGAAUCCUGGUGGUUGGGUGGAGCAAGAAACAUAUUAUUAAUGCCGGUGU